AAAGCCGCAAGCGUUACUGGAAAUGAAAAGGCACAUGGCGAGAACGUCCAAUUCUCAAGCAUGGGACGCUUUAACAGCGCCAAAAGUGUGGAGAAAAGGCAUUCAGACACAGCACAACUCGUAUUGCAGUCGCACACGGCGGUGAAUGGAGAGGUAAUCCACCCAAUUCAUAGUGUGACACUCGGAAUGGAACAACCUGGUCCCCAUUCUGGUCAUUGGGUGCCUCUUCACCGUGCCGGAAGCAGAGUCAUAACUGCUGAAACGCUUCAUUCCAUCCUCCGCCACGAACGCCAGGGAUGUAACAGUAGAGAUAGUGGCCGGGAAUGAAACAAACGCAUAGAUAGUUGGAAGAAAUUAAUCUUUCCACC